AUGAAAAAAGCUGUGCGAGCACAAAAUUCAGCAUGGUCGAAAGAAAUUGAAGGGAUUGAAACUAAAUUGUUCCAACAAACAUUGAAUGAAAUAAAAUUUAAAUUUAAUGAUGCACUUUCCGUUGAUAAACACAAAAUUUACAUUGAUAUGACACCUGUUGAUGUAUUUCAUCGUUUACGUGAAUUAGUUGAAGAAAAUAUGGAAUUCGUAGAUGUUGAAGAUCAAAACUAUCUAUUAGAUUUAUUAGAUGAAUUAAAAGAAAAUGAAUUAUAUAGUAAUUUGAUGAAUUUGGCUAUCUUUCUGGGAACAUUAAAAGAACCAGAAACAUUUUUGUUAAACAGAACAAGUGAACACUCUGAUCCACAAACCCCAUCAUCACCAUCACCUGAGGCCAUUAUUAAUAACAAUAAAUUAUUACAACAACAGCAACAACCAAAAGUACCAUUAAAUAAAAUAUGCACAACUUUAUAUAAGUUAAUCAAUGAAUCCGAUGGUAUAUUUCAAUUUUCAACACUAAUUGAAAUCCAACGACAAAUAUGUCAACACUAUAAAAUAGAUGAAAAGCACGAUUUUACAUUAUUAGGUCAUGGUGAUUUCAUCAAAUUUUUAUAUAAUCAUAAAAAAACGAUUGGUAGUAAUUUAGAAUUUUAUCUAUUUAAUGCGGAUUCAUGUAGUGGUAUUAAACGAACAGAUUUAUAUACAUUUAUUCAGCAUUUAUUUCAUAAUGGUAUUGAAGAUCGAAAAAUUAUUGAAAAAGCAAUUAAAUAUCAUUUUAAUUUACAAAGCUUAAAACAAAUCGGGUUCUACAAUAUCGAACAAUUAUGCGAUCGAGUUAAAAACCAACAACAAAUUCAAAAUGUUGUCACAACCAUGCAGUAUGAAGAACUUUUGCUAGGUAAUGAAUACUUGAACAAAUUAGAUACGAAUAUUCAUCGGCCAUAUAUUCGAGAUGAUGAUCACUUAUGUGAAUAUUUAAGCAAAUGUCCGCUGCUAGUUGAUAUUACAUCGUGGUGUCACUGGAAUCGUUUAUAUAUGCAAGAAAAGGGACAUAUUAAAGAAUUUCUUCAUCGAAAUAAAUCAAAAUUAUCAAAUAUGUUGUGGUUAGAAAUAACUAAACAUAAUAAACAAUUGGUUCUAUUAUCUAAAACUUCAGAUAUACAAAAAUUUGAAAAGGAUUUACUACGAAUACACUUAAAAGAAGCUGCUGCACAUCUGUUAUCAAUGGCAAUACGAGAGCGAGAUUGUACGCGUUUACCUAUUGCACGCUUGCGAACAAUUAUGAAACAAUGGUUUGAAGUAUUAAAACAAUCAAACAAGGCCUCCAUUUCUUCACAUGAUCCUAUUGAGCACAUCUUGAAUUUCUUAUGUUUUCUGCCGUUUCCAUUUUCAAGUUCACUUGUGCAGCAAUUGAUUCUUGAACCAGCUGAUCAUUUAUUUCCUAACUUCAGAUCUAUUUUAUGGAAGUUAGCGAGAAAAGAUUUGGUACGAAAGUUGCAUUUGGAAGAACUAGGUUUGACACUGGGGAUUGAUGAAUGGACGCAAGAUCUGUAUAACGAAGAAACAUACUUAUCAGAGGGUACUAUUGAUGCAUCAUCAGAUGAAACAGUUACUAUCAUGGAAAGUUAUGAAGACCAAAAUCCGAGAGAAGAAAAUAAAUCACUUCAAAGCUCUAUCGAUACCAUUCACGCUCCGAAAAAAGAAAAAAUCACUACAUCGUUGAAUCUUAUAAGCAAUGACACUGCGAACAAUGAUAGUAUUGAGCCACUUGAGCACAUCAAAGAAAUUCGUAAAUCUCUUGGCAAAAAUACACGUUCAAAUAAUGAAGAUCAAGAAGUCGUCGAUAAUUUACAAGAUUUACUUGGAGAAUGUUUAAAAAAACUAGCCGAUGAUCUGUAUUCUGAUCAAGGCCAUUUUGUAUUAGAAUUAAUACAAAAUGCUGACGACAAUAAUUAUUCAAAAUUAAAUGAUAAUUCAACACCAAAAUUAAAGUUUAUUAUCAAUAAUAAACAGAUAACUAUUUAUAAUAACGAAAAUGGUUUUCAAAGAGAGCAUGUUAAAGCUAUCUGCUCUGUAGGAAAAUCCACGAAGGGAAAACAUAAGGAAGGCUAUUGUGGUCACAAAGGAAUAGGCUUUAAUCCAAUGUUGUUAUUAUUUUUGCACCGGCUUAAGUCACUUGAAAUUAACUUUGAAAAUCAUUAUUUAAAAGCAUUUACUCGUUAUGAUCAUCCAGGAAAUAUAAUUGAAUUGACUGAAUGUGAUGGUAAACGUGAAAAAAAGAAUUAUUGGUUAGUCAUUAAAAAAAGUUUACCUAUACCUGACACACUUCAAAAAAAGUUACGUGAAAUCAAGAUUAAUGUUGAAUCUACAUCAGUGGCUAUUGGUUUUCCACUUCAAUACAUGGAACAAUAUUUACGCGCCAAUACACCAGUACCUAUUCAACCUUUAUUUGCGUAUUUACCAGUACGACAAUUUGGCUUUCGUUUUGUGUUGCAAGCCGAUUUCGAAAUACCAGCUAGUAGACAAGAUAUAUUACAAGGAAAUGAAUGGAAUCAAUGGCUUAGAGAUGAAAUGGUUCCCUUAUUAUCUGAUGCAUAUGAUUAUUUUAGAGAUUUGCCAAAUAGUGCUGUGCAUGAAAUUGAAUGGCGAUCUCCGGCCAAGUGCGUUAUUGUUCGAGAUCCAUUUAUUCUUAAAAUACUAUCACCAAAUUUACUUUUGACAUAUUGUGAAAAAUACUUAGUACAUGAAUAUUUACAUGACGUCGAUGAAAAAAUCUUAUUACUAUUAGGUGUUGAAAAGUUGAGCAUUCAUGAAAUAAUAAAAAUGAUUAAAAAACAAUUCCUCGUUCAACAACAGUCACCUCAUACUUCAAUUGAGCAAAUCGCUCAAUGGUUAUUAUGCUUACACUAUAGUUUAGAGCAAAUGAAGUAUUUAAAUGAUAUUGAUGAUGAUACAGUUCAACUGAAAGAAUUAAAAAUGAUUCCAAUAGAAAAUCAAGCCGAACUUGUAUCAACUAACGAGAUGAUUAUAUUUUUCCCUGACACAAAACAAGCCGAGUCUACACAUAUUGAUCAAAAAUUUACUAAAUUAUUAAAUGAUCUACCGACAAUAAAAACAGAACUAUUUCAUUAUAUCAAACAAAACUAUCCUGAUCGUUUACAAGAGAUAAAAGAAUUAAUGAGAAAGUUUGGCAUUAUAGAAAAAAGUUAUGAUGAAACUUAUCGUUUAUUGAUUAAAUCUGUUUUUGAAAACGAAAAUCAAUUACGUGGAACACCUUGGGAGCGUUAUGAAGAAGAAUUUCGUAAAAAUUAUUCAAAUAUCAAAGGCUAUGUUGUCAAUGAUUUUACAUGUCCUGAAUUUAUCGACAUAUUUCGUAACAGCGACAACAAUGAUAUUAAGAAUCUUAAUCUGCAUUACGACACAUGUCAUCAACUACUAUUAUAUAUAAAUAAAAAAUGGGCUAAAAUUCAACAUUAUUUUCGAGUGAAAAUAUAUUCCGUAGGUAAUCCGUAUCCAUUAGAAGAAGUUGAUUCAACAUUUUGUAUAAAUUUAAAACAAUGUGCUUGGAUACGAACUCAAUGUAUCGAAUACGUUUAUGAUGCACAAACAGAAAAAAUAAAUAAAAAUGAAAUAAUUAAAUUGAAACAACCUUCAAAUGUCGUCGUUCAAAAUUCAGAUUAUCAUGCGAAUGCGUUUAUUCACUAUUUUCCAUAUAUUGACAAUAUAAAGCUGAAUUCAGACUUGAUUAUGAAACUGAAUAUAAAUAAUAGAAUCGAACCUCAGGAUAUAAUUGUACGAUUGUUAGAAUAUAUAAAUGAUUGGUCAUACACAUCAUUAUCAAACAUUGAUAUAUUUCGUAGGAAUGAAGAUGAUACAAAACAAAGAAUUAAUACUCUCUUAGAUAAUCCAUCUCGAUUUCGUUCCCGACGGACAUUUAUUGAAAGCAUAUCAACUAUAAGUCGUUUAUACGGAUUUCUUCAUGAUGAAUUAGAUGGUGAUGAGCGAUAUUUGAAAUGGCCGCUUGUUUUUGUACCUGAGUCGCUUCCAUCAGAAAAUACUGAUUUAUGUGUCGGCCGAUUUUUGUUUAUUAACGAGGUAGCAUGGGAUGAUCCAACGCAUUUAUUGUCAGAACCCAUUCUUAUCAAACGAUUGUAUCCAAAUUUAGAAAACUUUUUCAAAUGUGUUUUAAAAAUCCCGUUGAUACCAAGUUCUGAAUGCUACUUAAAAAUAUUAGAAGAAUAUUCAAAAACGAAUGUAACUGAUCAACUCGCAGAAAAUACUUGGCAAAUAUUCGAAAACUUAUAUAAAAAUGAUUAUGAUAAUAUUAUUAAAUUAUUCCGACAUCGGUCUCUUAUACCAAGUAUGACUAAAUAUGGAUGGAUAAAACCUGAUGAUGAGCUAUACGCUCCUGAUGACAAAAUUAUAGCACAAUUAUUUGAAUCGGAACGAUUGCCAAUUAUUAAACUACCUGGUAAAGUCAAUUUAAAUUAUAAAAUUUUUCAAUUUAUUAAUUAUUGA